AUGGCUGUGGUUGUGGGGACUCCCCCCUCUGCCAUGGUUCAAUGGGGGCAUCUUCUUGUCCAUUUGUAUUUUGGCCAGUUUGAGAAGGAAGCGCGUGAACCGUUGCAUUGGGAAGUGUCCUUUUGUUCAGAAUGUGACAUGAUUAAUGUAGGCCAAGUCAAAUACAUAUGUAGUCCAAUUAUCAACAAGGCCCGAUUUAUCCACCGAGUCCCAAUUGGUUCAGAGCUUGAGUGGAAGGGGAAGAUGACAAUGGCAAUAGCAAAGAUGAACAUGGAUAAGUUUAUAAGGGCUCUGAUGGAUUUGGAGAGCCAGGUCAUCCCCUGA